CCGUGCGGGCUUCCCCUUCCUCCGCCUCCGACCUAUUUGUACGCGCAACUCUCGCUUGACGCCGCCGCAAAGCGCGAGCCCGCCCCGUCGAGUGCAGCUGCCCGCCACCAUCGUCAUCGUCACCACCUAUUUACCGCCCACCGAUCCCCGGAGCCGUGCGUCAGAGCGUCGCUCGCUCGCACGCGCCAAGAGGAGGUCGUCUGCCGGUCGCGAUGGCGGCAGCGGCGGCAACCUCCGUGCGGGGGUGCGGCCCGGCGUCGGCGUCGUCGGUGGGGCUCUCGCCGCGGCGGGCGGUGCUCCGGUCGUCGUCCUUCCUGCCGCCCCUGCCGCGGCGCGCGUCGUCUGUGCGCGCAAUAAGGGCAGCGGUGGCGGACGUGCCGCGCCGGGGGCUGGAGCUCCGGCGGGAUGCGCGAGAGGCGGGGCUGCUGGAGGCCGUGAUCGGGGCCGACGGCGGGGAGGAGGACGAGGUGGUGGAGGCGGUCGGGGAGGAGAGGGUGGAGGGGUGGAUGCGGGAGUCGAUCGCGGAGAUCGUGCGGCACGUCGGGGAGGCGCCGUUCCUGGUGCACCUGUUCAGCGACGGGCGGGAGGGCGUCACGGUGCGGCGCGAGACGGCUUCGGCGGAGGCCUGGCCCGACGUGCGCCGCCGCUGGGGCCCGGGCGGCCAGCGCCGGCCCGACGGGAUCAUCCUCGUCGAGCAGGUGGCCGCCGCGGCCGUCGAGGACGGCGCGGAGGCGGCGCGGCAGGUCUGGGGCCUGGUGGUGCAGGCCCGCGGGAUGGAGUGCGCCGCCUGCUACGUCCUCGACACCUGCCGCGUCCGCUCGCCCGCCGGCUUCUGCACCCACUUCUGCCUCGCCCGCGCGCAGUGCUUCGGGGAGCCGCUCGAGCUCCAGCUCCGCAACGCCUGGCUCAACCGCCUCUCCGGCCACCGGCGAUAGCCGCCGCCCUACGCGACCGGUGUACCACUACUAGCAUAGAAGAACCUCCCUCCGCCAUUGCUGCGAUUGCCUCCGGUUCGGCUGGGAAGGACGGACCGAUCGAAGCACGAAGAUUCAUUCACCGGGAAGCAAGCAAGAACCCCAUUGAUUGAUGGAUUCUUUUCUUGCUUUCCGCUCUAGCUUAUCCCCCUGCGCGAGAGAUGGGCAUAUUGUGGUCGAGUAAUUGGAAUCACGAACCCCGCCCGCGUCUGAACAUGUACAGAUUACUGAUUGUAUUGCUUGAUUACUAUGAUGAAUUGAAAGAGCAAUUGUUGAUCAUGAAA